AUGAUAAGCAUACUGUUAUCAGUUCAAUCUAUAAACACCUUGAUCAAAUGUUUUUUGCAGAUCGUAUUUGGUGCUGGAUCAGAAACUGUAGUCAAUUUGCGAACUCGUGCUUUAAAAUGUCUAACAAUGAUUAUCGAAGCCGAUCACGAAGUUUUGAUUAUGGAUGAAGUUCAAAAAGCAGUUCAUAGUAGAAUGAUGGAUUCACAUGCACAAGUUCGAGAAGCAUCAAUUGAAUUGUUAGGCAAAUUUUUAUUAGUCAAAGAAGAAUUUAUUAUUCAAUAUUAUCCGAUGUUGGUUGAAAGAAUAUUAGAUUCUGGAAUUGCUGUCAGAAAACGAGUUAUAAGAAUUAUGCGAGAAAUUUGUGAAAAGUUUCCCAGAUAUGAAAAUAUUCCGGAAAUGUUAUCAAAAAUGAUUCGACGAGUUAAUGAUGAAGAAGGAGUCAAGAAAUUGGUUCAUGAAACAUUUUCGACACUUUGGUUUCAACCAAUUGAUGAAAGAACAUCAAAUGAUGCAAUUUCAACAAAAGUAAUGGUUAUGUCAAGAGUUGUUCAACAUUGUAUUGCAGAUUCAACUGUUGAAUAUUUAGAAACACUUGUUCAUACAAUUCUCAAAUCAAGUGAUAAAGGAGUUCUUUUUGCAAGCAAACAAAUAAUUGAUAAUUUGGUCGAUUGUAUUUUACAUUUGGAAACAAAAAUGGCAAAUGAAAGUAGUCAAAUGGAUCAACAAAAUAUGAAUGAAUUAGAAAAAGCUGCGAAAUCAAAACAAAAUCAAGAUAGAUUAUUAGCUUGUUUGACAACUAUGGCUAUUUUUAGCAAAGUUCGACCUGAACUUAUGGUAAAACAUGCGGAAACACUUCAACCAUAUUUGACAACAACAUCAACAAAAGUAAGAACUGCUUCAGAAGUUGCGGUUAUGAAUGAAGUUGUUGGAAUGUUAGAACGAGUUGUUCCACUUAUGUCACAUCCAAGUGAUCAAUUUUUAUCUGGAAUUGAUGAUGAUUUAACAAAAAUGGCAACACAAUUUGGAAUGCAAAUUGUUGUUUCAUCUGUAUCAUGUGCUGCUGCUGUUUAUAAUCGUUUUCGAAAACAAAAACCAAGACUUGCUGACAGAUUUCUCAAUUUUUAUAGUGAGUUAUUUCUUUGGAAUUAUGAGGUUUCAAAAUUGUUAUUUUUCAGAUUGUUUGAAACGUGGAAAAGCAAGUUACGAACAAAAUCCACAACUUCGAAUGGAUGAAAAAAAUAUGGCAAUUCUUCAACGUGCACUUUUCACAAUUGGAGUUUUAUGCAGAUAUUUUGAUUUUGAUGAGAUUAUUGGAAGUAGCGAAAACGAUGCGAAAAUCACUGAAGAAUCAGAUAAACCAAAAAGGCAAAUCAGAGAUAGUGUAUUCAAUGUUCUCGAAUUCUUCUCAAAAAGUAACAAUCCUUCGAUCAAACAAAAAGCAUUGACAUCUUUGGGACAUUUCUGUGCACAAUAUAGUGAAUAUUUGACAAGACCUGAUUUACAACACAUGUAUUCCGCUAUAUUGUCCAGCAAAAAUCCAAAUGCUCAUCAAUUGAAAAUACAGAUUUUGAAAAAUUUGGAAAUGUUUUUGCAAACUGAAGAAAAGAAAUUGAUUAAAUGCAAUGAGGAUUGUAAGUUUUUUAAAAAAUAUAUGUUCGGGUUUUCUCAAUUAAAUAUGUUUAGGGGAGGUCACAAAAGAUCGAGAGAAUUUGAAAGAAAUGGAAUUAAGUGGAUCUGGUCUUGGUUCAACGGUUAUUCAAUUGUAUUGGAAUUCCGUAUUGAAUUCAUAUUUCGAUCAAGAUGUCAAUAUUCGAGUUUCUGCUGUACAGGUUAGUAAGAUACACACCUCGGCCAAAAUCGUGGUUUCCACAAUAAGAAAUUGUACGCUAACUUUUUACAGUACAAAAAUUGUGAAUUUUUCAGUUUUUGACCUCUAAAACUUGUGGUUUUUCAAUUUUUGUCCUCUAUAAACUGAAAUUCUGAUUUUUCCAAAAAUUGUACUCUGGCCAGCCACGGCUUGGCCGAGGUGUGGUAAGAUAAAAAUAUUUAUUUUUGGAAACUACGAUCUCAACUGAAGUCUGAUUUUAUAAUUUGAUUUUUCCAGGUUACCUGGUUGACAUUAUCACAAGGUCUUGUUACACCUGGUUCUUCGAUUGCUACUCUUAUUGCAAUGACAACUGAUCCAUUAGAUAUCAUUCGAAACCGUAUUGAUAAUCUUCUCAAAGAAAUUGAUUCAAAAUAUGCUGGAAUGGUUCAAAGUAAAGCGAUUCUUGGAGUUCGAGUUGCUUAUAAACUUCAUCAAAAGAUUCGAAUGGCUGCAAUUCAAGAACAUCCUGAAAUUAGUGGAAUUGUGAGAGGAGUGAGAUUCUGCGAUUUCUCGGCAACUUCGACAAGUAAGAUUAAUAUUUUAUUUGAAAUAUUCUUAUGAAUAUUUUGUAGGUAGUUCAAGUGCUUCACGCGGUCCAUUUGCAAUUCCUCGAAUGUCAAAUGAUGGAAUGGCUUUGUUGAGUGGACUUUAUCAAAGUUUGAGAACAAAUCGACAACAAAGACGAUCAUUUUUGCAAGCAAUUUUGAAGUAAGUUUAUUUAUUGUUAGUUUAGCGAAUAGGAGGAAAAAGAAGAAAAAAUGUUAUUUUGAAAACAAAUCAUCCCUCAUUCAGAACCUGGAAAGCGCAAAACUGUUCUGAAAGUCAAUUUUUAGAGCAAGAUUUUUUCAGAAAAAAUUUCCAAAUUUCGUUCAAAAAUUUGAGCAAAAAUCAGGCAAUUUUUGACCCAAAAAAAGUUGCUGCGAACAAAUUUGUCCUAACAAUAAAGCCAACACAAUAUUUUCCAGGUUGUUCGCUGAUGAUAGCCGUGAAAAACUAAAACUUGAAGAAUGGAUAUUUGUUGCUGAUAAUGUUGCAAUGUUCCCAUAUCAAAUGAUGGAUGAACCACUUUAUGUGAUUCGUUUAAUCGAUCAAAUUGUUGCUCAAUCUGGACAAUCAAUCAUAAUGCAGUUCAAACAAAAUCUUCAACCACUUCGACCACACGAACAACAUUUAUAUGAUGAUGAAGAUUUGAUGUUUGAUCCGGAGAAUUUAUUCAGUAGAUUCCCACCAAAUAAAGAUAAUUUAUAUGAUUUGAUGGUCAACAGUCAAUCAUGUUUUAUUCUUUUGUAUAUUCGAAACUUUUUGAUUAAAUUGUAUGGAUUUAGUGAUGCGUAAGUUAUUCUUCGAAUUUUUAAGAUCAUGUAAAAUUAUUGAUUUUUUUUCAGAAAAGUUCAAGAAUAUCUUCCUUCUGAAGCUGCAAAAGUUUAUGAAAAAGCAGCAUCACGGAAAAAUAUUCAUAUGUUCACUCCAAUGACUGCUCUCGAAGAAUUGAAUCCUCAAACAAUCGCAGAAAGAAAUACAAUGAAAGGAGAUUAUGAUUUGGCGCAGAAAAUCAGCCGAGUUAGUUUUUUUCUAUAUUUUUAAAAAGAUAAAUGCAAUUUUGGUUGCACUUUAUCAAUUUUGAGGUCAAGUUUAUCGAAAAAUUAAAUAGAUAAAUAAUUUGAUGCACACCUUGGCUAGGGCCGUAAUUUAUAAUGCCAAAAUAGUGCACUUUUAAUAUCGCAAGAGAAUUUUUCCGAGCAGUUUUUUCAAAAUUGUAUGAAACUUGAAAUUUUCAGUUCCGAAAAAUGUUACUUUCAUUGGAUCGUGGAGAUGACAAUGAAGACGAAGAUUCGAAAGCAAUUGUUCCAAAUCAAGGAGAUGAUUAUGAUGAUGAGGAUGAUUAUCAAGGUGGAGAAGAAGAAGAGGAGACUGGUUCUAUCAGUUCUGCUGCUCCAAAUGAAGAGUAA